AAAGCUGAAAUUCUUCCUGUGUUGAAUUGGCCCACAAUAAAAGGAGUGUGAGGUUCGUGGAAAAGGAGGGGACUGAGAGAGACAGAGUGAGAGAGAGAGAGCUGAUGUGAAUACUGCUAUAUAUGAGUGAGGGAAGAAUGAAAAGAAAGACUCCUGACUCCUGACUCCUGGUUUCUUCUCUGACCACCGAGCCUGACUCUGACCUCUGUCUUCCUGCACGUAUCCGUAUCGGUGUCCAUCACAGGGACUGAAGUGUUCCUCAUCAUGCCAUCGCCAACGUGGCUGGUGCUUUCUUUUGUCUUCACUGGGCUUCAUCUCAACUCUGUUUAUUCGACAUAUUAUUCUGCUUACUGGCAUCAUUUUAGGGGCUGUUACAGGCCAUCGUGCUUCACUGCAUAUAACAGGUUCAGCAUGGGAUACCUGAGACCAGAUAUUGAUGAGUGCCUCGUCCAUAACGGAGGAUGUCAGCACAAGUGUGUGAACACCCGAGGCUCCUUCCACUGCCAGUGUGACCCUGGGUUUCGCCUGCACGUAGACAGACGCACCUGCAUAGCUGCCAACUUGUGUGGCAUCAGUAAUGGAGGGUGUGAACACUUCUGCAUCCAGCAGUCAGCGGUUCAGUUCCAGUGCCGCUGUCGACCCAACUACAGACUGGCGGAGGAUGGCAAACACUGCACCUUGGAGAACCCGUGUUCGCUGUGGAACGGUGGCUGUUCUCAGGAGUGCCGCAGCGAUGGAGGCAGCACCUACUGCGACUGUCGUCCCGGCUUCAACCUGACGGAGGAUGGCAAGACCUGCGAAGAUAUUGAUGAGUGCCUCGUCCAUAACGGAGGAUGUCAGCACAAGUGUGUGAACACCCGAGGCUCCUUCCACUGCCAGUGUGAACCUGGGUUUCGUCUGCAUGUAGACAAACACACCUGCAUAGACGUUGAUGAGUGCCAGACGGGUCAGGCGCAUUGUGUACACGGCUGCCGUAACACCAGAGGCUCCUUCGUUUGCGUGUGUAACGCUGGAUACGAGGUGGGAGCGGAUGGCACGCAAUGCUAUCGGAUUGAGAUGGAGAUUGUGAACAGCUGUGAGACUAAUAAUGGCGGCUGUUCUCAUCACUGUGAGCACAACUCUAACGGCCCGGUGUGCAGCUGUAACCAAGGCUACCGGCUCCAUGACGACCUCAAGACAUGUAUCGAUGUAGAUGAGUGUAUGGACGGCAGCUCGUGUUGUGAGCAGGACUGUAUGAAUUACCCGGGAGGCUACGAGUGCUACUGUGCCGCAGGCUACAGGCUCAACUCGGACGGCUGCAGCUGCGACGAUAUAGACGAGUGUCUGGCUGAGAACGGUGGCUGUGAACACAAGUGUGAGAACAGCGCCGGCUCGUUCACGUGUUCCUGCAGACCAGGACAUGGGCUGAGCACGGACCGCCGCUCCUGUACCAGGCUGGACGGAACAGUUCUGCACACUGGACAGGUGAAGGAGCCCUCCCUGGUGAAUCUGCCAGGAUUGAAGGAUUACCAGCUGCUGGAGCACUAUGACGACUACGAGGAGGAUGAAGGAGAGCUGCGCGCUGAGAGCACACUGGCCGAGAAAUUCGUGUGUCUGAAUGACACUUUUGGCUUCGACUGCAGUUUGUCCUGUGAGGACUGUAUAAAUGGAGGAGUGUGUAACACACACCACACUGGCUGUGACUGUCCAGAUGGUUGGACAGGAAUUAUCUGCAACCAGACCUGUCCUGAGGGCUGGUUCGGCAGAAACUGCUCAUUCCCGUGUAAGUGUGAGAACGGAGGUGUGUGUGAUCCGGUGACUGGAAGCUGUCGCUGUCCGCCGGGCGUCAGUGGAGAACACUGUCAGGACGGAUGUCCUAAAGGUCUGUAUGGAAAGCAGUGCAAUAAGAAAUGUAACUGUGCCCAUAACGGACGGUGCCAUCGCACGUACGGAGCGUGUCUGUGUGACCCGGGACUGUACGGCCGCUUCUGCCACCUGCCAUGUCCUAAAUGGGUGUUUGGACCGGGCUGCUCCGAGGAGUGUAAGUGUGUCCAGGAAAACACUCUGGAGUGCCAUCGGCGAUACGGCACCUGCGCCUGCAAGCCUGGUUAUCAGGGUGACAAAUGUGAAAAAGAGUGUGACGCAGGCUUCUACGGUCAAGGCUGUGUGCAGAAGUGUUCCUGCCCGUCUGGGGCGGCGUGUGACCCUGUGACUGGAGUUUGUCAGCGUCAGUGUCCAGCUGGUAAAAAAGGAGAAAACUGCGACGAAGAUUGUGCAGAUGGGAACUUUGGGAUUGGCUGCUCUGAGUCAUGUGACUGUUCAGGAGCCCCAUGUGACAAGGUGACCGGCCAGUGCCGAUGUCCUGCAGGGACGAUGGGCAGCCACUGUGAGGAAGAGUGCGCUGCAGGUCAGUGGGGUUUCAACUGCAAGGAGACAUGUCCAGUGUGUGAAAACGGAGGGGUGUGUGACAAACACAACGGUUCAUGCCUUUGUCCACCCGGAUACAUGGGCAGACUCUGUCAAAACUCAUGUCCAGCCGGUCGUUUCGGUCAGAGCUGCCAGCUGAAGUGUGUGUGUGAGAACAGCGGGCGAUGCCACCCCGUGACCGGCCGCUGCUCCUGUACUCCAGGCUGGACCGGUCACACCUGCAGGAAAGCUUGUGACGCUGGACACUGGGGACUGGACUGUGCGAACGUGUGUGACUGCAGGAGCAGUGAUGGCAGCUGUGAUGCAGUAACAGGGCAGUGUAACUGUGAAGCUGGGUUUACAGGAGCGCGCUGUGACCUCAAAUGCCCUGCUGGGUUUUUUGGCCUGGGCUGUCGGCAGCGCUGCCAGUGCGAUAACGAGGCGUCAUGUGACCACGUAAGUGGUGCGUGUACCUGUAAGGUGGGCUGGACAGGAACGUUCUGUGAAAAACCUUGUCCUCAGGGUUAUUAUGGGCUGGACUGUCAGCACAAGUGUGUGUGCCUGAACGGUGGACACUGUGAUCAUCUCAGCGGGAAAUGUGUGUGUCCUGCAGGCUGGAUUGGUCCAAACUGUAACCAGACAUGUCCGGCUGGCUUUUACGGUGAAGGCUGUUCUCAGACCUGCGUAUGUCAGAAUGCUGAGAGAUGCCACGCCACCACCGGACAGUGUGUGUGUACGGCAGGGUGGACAGGACUGAACUGCUCACAGAAAUGCCCGGCGGGUUUGUUUGGGUUGGGCUGCAGUCAGAGGUGCUUGUGCCAGAACGGCGGGACGUGUGACCACAUCAGCGGACACUGUUCCUGUCCCAACGGCUGGUCGGGCACGGCGUGCGAGCGCGAGUGUGUUGCGGGCCGUUUUGGGCCAGACUGCCAGCAGGAGUGUAAGUGUGAGAACGGAGGCCAGUGUGACAGGCAGACUGGACAGUGUGUGUGUGGACCGGGCUGGAUCGGACCACACUGCGAGAAAGCGUGUGAGUCAGGCCGCUUCGGCGUGGGCUGUGAGGACCAGUGCGAGUGUGAACAUGGAGCUUCUUGUCAUCAUGUUAGUGGAAGAUGUGUGUGUCCAGCAGGCUGGCGAGGAGCUCAGUGUGAUAAAGCCUGCUUGCCUGGAAUGUUCGGCACUAACUGUUCCCAGCUGUGCACGUGCCCACACGGCACUUCCUGCCACCACAUCAGCGGAGAGUGCGGCUGCCCGCCGGGUUACACAGGAAACGGCUGUGAGCAGAUGUGCCUGCCCGGUACCUACGGCCUCAACUGUAAUCAGGUGUGUCAGUGCUCGGAGAGGAACCAGCUGUGCCACCCGGUGUCAGGAGAGUGCUACUGUGCUCCGGGGUACACCGGACCCAAAUGUGAUCUGGAGUGUGAGAGCGGGCGCUAUGGUCCAGACUGUGAGAGAGAGUGUCGGUGUGUGAAUGGCGGGGUGUGUCAGGCCACCACGGGUGCAUGCCGAUGUACGCCUGGAUUUAUAGGAGCUCAGUGCAACAUCACGUGCCCGGCCGGGCGUUACGGGCAGGACUGUGCCCAAGUUGCCCUCUGCAGGGAUGGGGCGGGGAAUGACCCGGUCACAGGGAGGUGUGUGUGCGCUCCUGGGCGCCAAGGAGAGGACUGUGGACAAGGCUGUGCUUCUGUCUGGUAUGGCGUAGACUGUUCUCAGCGCUGUAACUGCAGUAAUGGAGGUGUGUGUGACUCCGUCUCUGGGAACUGUACGUGUGGACUCGGCUUCACUGGGCUGCACUGUGAGAAAGAGUGCCCUGAGGGAUGGUAUGGUCCGAACUGUGCGCUGGACUGUGUGUGUCAGCACAACAGCACAUGUGACAGGGUGACAGGAACUUGCCUGUGUGGACCAGGACACUAUGGUCCAAUGUGUGAGCAUGCUUGUCCAGUGGGUCUGUAUGGACCUCGGUGCCAGCAGCACUGCGAGUGUGUGAACGGAGCUGUGUGUCAUCCCAGCAACGGACACUGCAUCUGCCCUGCCGGAUAUUGGGGGUCACGCUGCCAGAAAGUGUGUGAGCAGGGCACGUACGGUCCGAGCUGUUCUAAGGCGUGUGACUGUGCAGACGGCACGCAGUGUGACCCCGUGAGUGGCGUGUGUGUGUGCGCGCCGGGGAAAACUGGACUCAGGUGUGACGCAGACUGUCGAGUGAACCGGUAUGGACCAGACUGCUCAUUAAGCUGUGAGUGUGAGAAUGGAGCGCAGUGUGACAGUCGUACCGGUGGCUGUAUGUGUGUGAAAGGCUGGAUCGGCCCCACGUGUUCAGAAGAUGGACCUCCACCACUGAGCAGCCGUGACGGAAGAGAGGAGCAGUCGCAUCUGAACAACUCUUUAUAGCGCACGCCUUCAGAGAGAAGCAGGAAGAGAAGGAAGUGCACACGUGGAGAGAGCUGUUGUUCCUCUGGAGCUCCACUCACCUGCUUCAGCUCUGCGUGGAGAGGACGGUGAGGAACACACACUCAUCACACUCGGAGGAGGGCAAGCAGCCAUUCAUCGUGUGUGUUCUGUAAGCUGCACUGACCACACACACACGGACACACACACGGACACACACACGGACACACACACGGACACACACACGGACACACACACGGACACACACACAGACGCCACUGACUACAGAUGAUUCUUUAAGAAAAACACUCGUGUGCUAAUGAUCAUCUCAUCUGAUUAAAGACUUUAUAAAACAAGGGCUGACUGUAAAGGAGAGCAACACACCCACACACACACACACACACACACACACACACACACACACACACACACACACACACACACGGCACUUUAACCCACAUUUGUGUUUGUGUUCAGUGUUUCAGAAAAUGUUCUGUUGUAUGAUCAGCAACUUCCUGCUGAAAAACACACACCGAUCACUCACGUGAAAAGCCUUUCUCUCUUUCAGGACACUUGAGAUUUGUGAGCUUUGUGUUUCUGUAUUAUGAUUGUUGUAUUUGUUACACUGUCCUCUAUUUAUCUGGAGAUUUAAAACAGAUAAAGAGAUUCUCAUGGAAAAGAGAUCACACUUGGAAUUUAAAAUGGCUCCAAAAUUCCCCAAAAAGUAGAUUCACCGAUGUGAUUUAGUUCUUUUUUGCCAGGAUACGUUUGGUGUCUAUAGAUUUUAGUAUUGAGGCUACGAGGCUAAUGAGGCUAACAAGUGAUGGAAGCGAGCCGUUUAGCAGUGUGGAGAAUUCACGGCUAAAUAACGAGCGACUCCUCACACUGCAUCAGACGUGAUCUAUAAAAUUUUUUUAAAAAGCUAGAAAGAAAAAUGGCCAUCUCGGUCAUCAGAGCAAAGCACCGAUCCCACCACACACUCAAGCGGGACGUGGUAGACGUGAGAGAAAAUGUCAAUUUCACCACGUGACGCGUUUCCCAGACCAUCACACACACGAGAUUCUCUUACGUGCCAGCGUCAUUAGCCUCAUUAGCAGCUCCUGCAGUGUUCCUCCAGCAGGGAGCCUCUAUAAUCUAUAGAUAAAAAGAUAUAAUACAAUGAGCAAAUGAUACGUAAACACUUAAAUAUAAAGCAGGGAAAAGUUGUUGUUGUCGUCCAUAUUAAAAGAAGAGCGUUCUUUAUUCAUGGUGCUAUUUUGCUCUCUUUAGAACGAGGCAUUUUUAUAAUAAUUUGCUCGUCUUGUAUUUAUAAUCAGCAGUGUGAUUAUGUGCUAUAAUUAAUAAUAAUAAUAAUAAUAAUGCAGUGACCUUAUUUAAGGUCUAAUCUCAAGGGUUUAUUUGAUGUUUUCCAGCAGUUUUCAUUCUAUAUAAAAGGUAUCUGAUGUAUUUAUGUAUGAUGGACAUGUACAUUUUUUUUUUAAAGAAUACUGUAUUGAUGUAAAUAAAAUUUAAAAAAACAAAGACACCACCAAAAGGAUUUUUUUUUUGACUGUACGAAGUCUUCAUCUCGUUUUAAAAUGUAAAGAAAAAAACCAAACGAGACAAGAUGGCUGAUUUUCAGUCAUUAAUAUUUUAUAAUUUCCAUUUCAUAGAUACUGAAGCUGUACAUAUCUAAAGUCCAAUUCAAGCACAAUGCAGUUAGCAAUGCCUGCCAAUGAAAGUAAAAAAAAAAAAAGAAAGAAAGAAAAAAAA